GAGACAACCGAUUCAAAAGAAGAAAACCCUCAUACCGGUCACCGCCGACUAACUGCCCGUCUAGUUCUUCCAAUUAACAAAUCCUCUCCUGCAUCAUGUUGACCCAACACCAUCCAACAGUCUUCAUUGCUUCGGGUUCUCAAAACAAGCAUAAUGCUGAGUAUGAUGUAAAGGUUCAUGGAGUGAUCCAAUCGCUAGGGGAAGCUUGCGACCUGAUUAUCUGCAACAACCGAUGCAGCAAUAUCUGGGGGACAUUGGUGAUCGAGUUCUCAUAUUUUGGAUGGCACAUUUACGAUGAGACUCAUCAUCUUCCUGAUGAGACAUCCUAUCUUGUUUCUAGGGGUGGUUUCAUCCAGGUUCGUAUUCUGACGAUGAAGAUGUUCGAUGCAAACAAGCAUGAAUUCACAUGCAUUCGUUUUGAUUUUAACUUUGGGUUGGCAUCAUCUGUGGCUGAUAGUUGAAAAAUUACAAUGCCUUUUUUUUAUCCAUGUAAAGUGGUUUAUAUGCUAUAUGUUACUACCAACUCUGUCCAUAUCAUUGCAUGUAUAGCUUGGAUUAUCCCAUUGAGUUGUUAUCGUGAAAAGUUGGCUUUUUUUUUGUAACCUAAUGCAUAGUAGUGACCACGGAUGGCACCUAUCCAGUGGCUGAUAUUUGGCUCACACCCUCUUUUCCUAGCCCAUAUGUGGCUCUUUUUUAUAACAUAAUCUUACUCAUCGAUCUCCAGACCAUCAACUGAAUGCCACCAUGUUAUCAUGUUAUCAAAAAAUCUUGGGCCAUUAACUUUUCAAUGAUAGGCACAAAAGGGGAACAAAUUUGGGUUAGGGACUUUCAAACCUAUCAAGUUGGAUUUCAUAGGACCAAUUCUAAAGCAUCUUGAUAUCAUAAAAUCUUGAGCAAUGUCAACUAUUCAAGAUUAUGCAAAUAGUAUAUUGAGAUCUGUGCCAUUAAACCUCUAUUGUUAGGCAGCUCAAUUAUGAAACUAAUGAAAGACGGACACUCUUGUCAUUAAAUUCUUAUAAUUUUCUCUUACAACAAAUUAUUUGAUUUCAAGGAAGAAAAGUAGGGCGGGGCCUGGCUGAAUGAUGCAUGUUCUUCCCCUUGUGCCAUUUAGAGGCAACCAAAAUGUUGGUUAUGGGUCAGGUUGAGUGGAGUCCUAUGGUGGAAGGGUCCACUCUUUCAUUGAUCAUUGAAAACCUUUAAAAGCAUCCAACAAACAGCCUUUUCAGUUUUCAGUUUUCACUUUCCUGCCGCUGGGAACCCAUAAGAGAAACUUCAUUAUCCUCUUUUUUUCUCACCAAUAUCUGCUCUUUUUCGUCAUUCUCAGUCAAAGUUUCAUUCUCUUCCAUGCUAUCCCUUCUCAAUUUCUUUAAGUGGUUCCAAUGCAUUUUCCGGGGUUUCUUGUAUCUUAUCACAGUAAUAAGAGAUCAAAGGCAUGGAGGAAAGGUUUCUGAAGAAACCACCCAUGUUAUCAACACAUCGAAACAGGGCUCUGUCUUUCAGCUUAACCCCCAAGGCACCUUCUCCAAUCAAAUUUCCCAUAACCUGCCAGUAGUUGGUUUUAAAGACCCAAAGGAUGAAGAAACCGAGUUGGAAUUCGAUGUAGGGGACCAAGAUAACAUUACACCCUGCACAGAGUUGAAGAGCAUAGUGGCUGGAGAAGAUGAUUCUCAGCUUCAAGUAUCUUCAGAGACCGUUAUCAAUGAUGAUCAUAGCAUUCCAGAAGUGAAGGAGGACACUGAAGAAGGUCCAUGUUUAACAGAUUUUGAAGAGAAAUGUCCUCCAGGAGGAGAAGAUUCAGUGGUAUUCUACACAACAAGCUUGAGAGGAAUAAGAAAAACAUUUGAAGAUUGCAGCAGUAUGAGAUUUGUUUUAGACAGUUUGAAGAUAUUGGUCCAGGAGAGAGAUGUUUCAAUGGACAUGGAAUUCAGGGAAGAACUAUGGAGGAUAUUGGGUGGCAGAGUGAUUCCUCCCAAGCUGUUCAUCAAGGGCAGAUACAUAGGAGGAGCUGACGAAGUUUUUCGACUUCAUGAGCAAGGAAAGCUGAAGAAGCUGUUGGAAGGGAUACCUUCAAACUGCCUGUGCACAGAUUGUGCCAAUAUGAGGUUCCUGGUUUGCUCAAACUGCAGUGGCAGCCGCAAGGUUUUUACAGAAAAACAAGGUGACGAAUUGUGCAUGAAAUGCCCUGAUUGUAAUGAGAAUGGAUUGGUUAAAUGUCCAGUUUGCUGUUGAAAUGUUAACUUUCAAAAAACAAUCAUCCUAUCCUGUUUCUUGAUGUUUGUAUAUUUUCCUUGCCUUAUCUAACAUUUUCUUAGAAUCAAAUUGCUACUUUUUCAAGUCCAGGUCUCAGUUAGCCUUCAUGUAUUAGGAAAAUAACGUAUGUAUAAGUUUCCUUUAAAGUGUAUAACAAUGGGCUAAAUUAAUGCUUA